UUCGUCUCCACUUCCCCCUUUUUCCCUCGUUUUCUUCCCCCAUUAACUUUCCCUCUUUUUUUUUUUUAAUAAUUAAUUUGAUUAAUUCCUUCUUGAAUCAGAUCUCUCCAUAGCAGAGAUUCUUCAUCUCCCAGUUUCCAUCUGUUUCCAAUUUUGCUUUGCUCCGGUAAGAUAAACCUCGAAGAUCAAUUUCUCAAAAAACCAGGUUAAUUAGAAAAAUUCAGGGUCUUUGGGUGUGUUUGAGCUUCGAGAAAGAGAUCGAAUCAUGGAGCAGGAGCCGCAGCAGCAGCAGAACAGUUCGAGGAAACAGCCUCCGUUUGCUUCCAUGAUGCCGCCGUUCGGUGGGGGAGGAGCAGGCGGAGGCGGCGACUACCACCACUUCGCCGCCGCUGGUUCUCACCGGCCAGAUCGAGAAUUUGUUGAGACUGUCGUUGUGAAGAGGCUGCCCUCAUUGAAGCGGAAAACUGGAGCAGUCGAUCGUGAAGUAGAAUCCGGUGAGAGAAAUGCAGGAGCUGGAGGUGCUGCUGUCAUCAAAGGUCCACUUCAGACACCACCAUCCGCAACAUCAGGAAAAGCCCAAAAAGUCCCAAGAUCAACUAAGGCCAACAAAGCUUUAUCUCGUAUUCCUGUGUCAAAUGUUGGUUCUCCUGGUGGCAAUAAUCUCACUCCUGUGGGCCCCUGUCGUUAUGAUAGCUCGUUGGGUCUCUUAACAAAGAAGUUCAUUGAUCUGAUUAAACGUGCAGAAGAUGGUAUUCUUGACUUGAACAAAGCUGCAGAUACUUUGGAGGUUCAAAAGAGGCGUAUAUAUGAUAUAACUAAUGUCCUCGAAGGCAUCGGUCUUAUAGAGAAGAAACUGAAGAACAGAAUCCAGUGGAAGGGGGUGGAUGCCUCAAGACCAGGGGAUACUGAUGAGAGUAUUUCCAGUUUGCAGGCAGAGGUAGAAAAUCUGAAUUUGGAGGAGCACAGAUUAGACGAGCGCAUAAGAGAAAUGCAGGACAAACUAAGAGGCCUAAGUGAAGAUGAAAACAAUCAAAGGUGGCUUUUUGUCACUGAAGAAGACAUCAAAACCUUACCGUGCUUCCAGAAUGAAACUCUGAUAGCAAUUAAAGCUCCUCAUGGAACUACUUUAGAAGUUCCAGACCCCGAUGAGGCAGUGGAUUACUUACAAAGGCGGUACAGAAUAGUUCUUCGGAGCACCAUGGGGCCCAUAGAUGUAUAUCUUGUUAGUCAAUUUGAGGAAAACUUUGAGGAGGCUCAUGGUGUUGAGGCCCAAGCAAACGAUCCGGAAGCAUCUGACGCCAAUGAGGGUGCGCCUGCACCAUUACCUACAGAGGAUGUUAGAGGAAAUGAAAUUGAUAUGCAGGGAAUAGAAGCUCAAAGAAUGUGCCCAGACGCUAGUACAUCACAGGACUUUGCGACUGGAAUGAUGAAAAUUGUACCGGAUGUCGAUAGUGAUGCUGACUAUUGGCUGUUGUCGGAUGUGGAUAUAAGCAUCACCGACAUGUGGAGGAUUGAAUCUGGGAUCGACUGGAGUACCUUAGAUGUGAUUCCAGAAGAAAGUGACAUGGCUAAUGUCACCACACCACGAGCUGAGAACCCUACACCAAAUACAUCCAAUACACAUUCUUUUGUGCCGGGAGAACAAACUCCACCUCCAAAUAUAUCGACAAUGCCUUUUGCUACUGACACUACAGGGAGUUAAAGAUUCAACGAGACGUCGGCAUUGGGAGAAAAGAAAGAAAGGAAAAGGCAGCACAAACUAAAGAUGAUGCCCGGUUUUAUCUCUUGUUGUAUGUGAAGAUAAGGAGUUCGAUUUAUAUGAACUUGAAACUCUCGAAAUAAUGCAGAUAUUUUGGUGUGCCUUCCAGAGUAUCGAAGAAAUUACGUCUUCCUCGUGCACGUAAAAAGCCCAUCUAGAGUCGCGUUUUAUUGCUGCUGCAUAUUUUAUUCGUUCCCCCAGCUGUGUUUUUUCUUAUUGCAAACUGCAUAGUUUUAGGUAUUGUAUGUAUAGAAAAGAGAUGGAUUCCAAACAUUAUGCACAAUUUUAACUUUGAGCCUGAGAGUCAGAGACGGGUAAGAAGGCUUUGUACAGUUUCU